AUGGAUAGUCUGUCAGUAGCAGUAAGUUCAGAAAUAUGUGAACAAGAAGGUUAUGAGCCUGAUGAAUACGGAUCAGAAUUCAACUCGGAGGAAGAAGUACCUACUAGUUCUAACUAUUACUCAGAAUCAUCGAUCAUUUUAUCUAAGCAUCAAAAAACUAAUGUGCAAGAUGAAUUAGUUGAACAAUCAAGCGAUACUUCUAAAAGUUCAAAAGUAUCUAAAUUUGAUGGAUCUUUACUUCAUAGCCCUGCUUGGAAGUGGUUUGAAAAGAUAUAUCUUGAUAAAGUUUGGCAUAGUCGGUGUAAUAUCGAAAUGGCAGAAAAAAAGCUCUGUGAUGCUAAAACAACUAUUACAAGAUCAUUUAAAACUUUUUUAUCAAAGCCACAUAGCAUUACUGAACAGGCUAUUUAUGAUAGGGCUAUAACUGAAGUCGUUAUUUCCCAAACUCUUUCAUUUACAUUUACAGAAGAUAAAAUGUUUAAGCGAUUUGCGAAAAUUGUGGAUUCACGUUGGGCUGUACCAAGUAGAGAAAAGCAAGAGAAAGAUGCAAUUGCAGAUAGAAAACGUCUAAAAGCAAUUAUGAUAACCGAGGAUGAAUGGACCGCAGUUGCUAAUAUUAUUAACAUUUUAAAACCUUUUAAUAAUAUAACAAAUUACAUUUCAGGCAAUACAUACCCUACUAUGAGCAUUAUUUAUCUGACAAUAAGCAUCUUUCGGAAUGCUUUACUAAAAGAAUUUAAAGAUGAGAAUGAUUCUACAGACAAACUAACAGAUUUUAAUAGUUUAAUAAAUGAUCAUAUUAAUAUAUUUAAUGAUGAGAAAAUAUUGGAUGAGGAUGAAGAUGCAGAAAAAUUCGAGUCUCUAGCUAUUACAACUGAUCUGGUCAAAAGCAUUAAAAAAAUAAUGUUAAAGUUAUUUGAAAAAUAUUAUAAGUUUUCUGAUGACAAAAUAUUAUUUAUUGCAACAGCAAUUGAUCCAAGGUGUAAAAAUUUUGAUUACGAGGAUGCUUC